CACGCGCCUCCCAGGGCAGCCAGGAGGAGGCGGAGAUGCAGCUGCAAAGCGCAGGGCUGAGCAUCUCUCCAGCAGCAGCCUUGCAAGCAAAGGAGGAGGAGGAGGCUUGCUCUGCCUUUCCAUCCUUGCUCCAGCUUGCUCUGCCUCUCCAUCCCUCCUUCAGCUGAAGCAUCAGAGGAGGUGGGUCGGGGGUCUUUCCAUCCCCCCCCCCCUUCCAUCCUCAGACCCUCCAUCCAUGGGCUGGCCAAGGCAUCGCUAGCUCCCUCCUCCUCCUCCUCUCCUCCUCUUCACCUCUUUCUUUUCUCGUCCUGUGAAGAGCCCAUAGGGGACCCUGAGGGAUCCAACUCGCCACCCCCUCCUCCUCCUCCUUGGGAGGGUUGCUUCUGCAGCCCCCUCCCACCCCGAAAUAGUCCCACCACCACCACCAUCUUUGGAGGCUUCUUCUCCAUCCCACCACCAUCCUGGAGGCAAGGCCAGGAGGAGGAGAACAGGGACCCUGAGAGCAUCAUUCCAGGCCUUCAAGGGUGUUAAUGGAGAAGAGGUCGAAUGACAGCCGGGACCGUGGUCAUCACAGGCGGAAUAUUAGCAACUGUCAUAUUAUUGUGUAUCAUAGCCGUUCUCUGCUAUUGUAGGCUUCAGUAUUACUGCUGCAAGAAGGAUGAUUCAGAAGAGGACGGGGAGGAGCCGGACUUCGAUGUGGACUCCCACAUCCCUCCACUCCACUGCAACCGCAAUGUGGCUCUGACCAACGGCCCCUCCUUGUACCACUCGCCCUCCCCCUUCAAGAAGCACUCCCAGUGUCGGACUGUCUGUCCCAGUUGUUCCCAUUAUGAGCCUCCCACCUUCUUCCUCCAGGAACCGGAAGAGGAGGUCCGGAACGGAGGCGACCUGGUCAACUACAAGGCCAUCAGCCAAGAAGACCUGGAACUGCCUGCCAGCGUGAACAACCUCCAGGCCCUCAACCCCAACCGUCUCUCAGCCAUGCGCGAAGCCUUCUCCCGCAGCCGUAGCAUCAGCACCGAUGUCUAACAGUCCCUGGCAUCUUCAUGGCGGGAGAUCGGCACCACCGGGUUACCAAGGAGGCAUGAGUCCCAUUGUUAUGAUGGAAAGGAUUUCAUCAUUUCCUACACCUUGGGGCUUUUUUAAAUAAUAAUGAUAAGAAUAAGAAUUGAUAAGAAUAAGAAUGGCGUUGCUCUUUUCAGUGAAGAAAAUCCCUCGGGAGACUUUUAAAAUGAUGAAUGUAUUUAUAUGUUGUUAUGUUUACCUAUAUAACUAUUAAUAAAGCAUUGUAUGCAAUGGGUAAGGGGGGAGCAAAUAGACAGCCGAGGGAAGGUUUUCUAAAGUCAGGUACUGACAAUUCUGUAUAUCUAUGUAUAUCAAUAGAGAGAGAGAGAGAGAAUGAAAAACUAAAUGUAUUUGAGCUUUUUUAUACAUGGCCACCCUUUGUAUGCAUAGGAUCAUAUCCCCUUCUUUGCCAUUGGCGCUUCGCAUGACUACUUUCCUCCUUCCUCAUCCUCUUUCCUUGGCCAAGACUGGGCUCUAAGUGAUAGGUCCUUGGCCUCCUAUGACAAUUUUGGGGAUGUCUUAUUGGAAUCUAGUUGGAGGGAUCAACUUCAGACUUGGCUUUUGGAAGAUGUCUUCUGGGGUUUAUCUUAGGACUGUAGAUGGAGGAAACAACUUUGUGCGUGCCUCUAGGUGAUCUAAGGUCAAGCCAUGCCAUGCCUCACUUUGUGUGGUCUCAUUUCCCAGGACCACCAUCAGUAAUACCUUCCCAAGAGACCCAGACCUUUGCUUCCUAUGCAAGAUGGUUUCAGGACUUUGCUAUCAGGAGAGAGGUGUCUCAGGCAGAUCCUCUGGGUUAGGGUCUUGUAGCUGCACACAUUCAUCUUUCCAACUCCCAUUUGUGGCGUGCUCCUGUUUCAAAGGUCCAAACAGUUAAUUUUUUAUCUUUAUUUAAUAUACUAGUGUUGCUCCAUCUGCUGCUUCACUGAGUUUAAAAGUGAAUUUAAAAAGAUGGGUCCCUUGCUCUGAGGAGCAAACAAUUUAAAUAAAUCCCAGUUGUGCUGUGAUUUAAUUUAUUACAAUAAUUUGUGCAUUUAUGAGUCUGAAAAUGACAGCAGGGCUAGUGCAAAUCAGAAAGAAAGGUUAUGGCAGGACCUCAGUGCUGUGAGCACAGCGGCCUUCUGCUAGUGUCCUUUACCUACUAAAUUAGAUGUGUUCUGGGUAACCCACCUGGCUUUCCCUUUCACACUUAAUUCCAGUUCACUAAACAGAAAUGUAUCUGGAGGACACACUAAAGAUCAGGUGCCGGUAAGGGCCACCUUGCUUCAUUGAGAUGCAAACAGGUGGUCUUUGGGAAACAAUGGUCUGUGGGGCAAAAUGCAGCUGCAUUAUAAUUGUCAGUUUCAUGAAGCAUGGUGCUCUCGAGAUAUCAGCAAUCAAGGAAUGUUUUAAUAAGAAACUGCCGGUGGUCAAUGCACUACUUGCAAUAGGAUGUGCAAAGUAAAAAAGUAUGCAUGACUAGUGAUGAAAUUCUGCAUUUGGCUCAACCUGGGGGAUUUUCCGCACUACAUACUGUAGUUAUAGAUUUCAAAGACACAGAUGUGUGAGUCUGAAAGAUCAGUAUGUAAAAGGAUCUUGUAACACCUUUGAGACUAACUGAAAGAAUCUGGUAGCAUGAGUUUGAGGAAGCAACCGUCCAUAGACCCUCCUGAGUUUUAGGAUCUGCAACCCUCCAUAGCCAUUUGUCUCCAGUAACCCAUCCUCUGCUAUGACAAUGGGACCAAUUCACAGCCUUUCAGUGAACAUCUGAACUGGCUGCCAUCUUGUCUCGCCACCUGGGAAAAGUGAUAUUGACCAAGAGCAUAGGGCCCAGUGUCACCUCAACGGACUCAACAGGGACAUUUUCUGAAUCUAAGAUCCCCACCCCACCACCACCAAUUACCAAACAACCUUGCAGACCUAGAGAGACUUAAAGUCAAGGACCAAAGGUUUCCGUUUGUGGUUUCUUAAAGACAUGGAUGGCAACUGAAUCGGGGCCAAGGAUCAAUCCUACCCCCCAAGACCUCUCCAUGGAGACUUCUUCCCGCAGCAAGCCCCCCAAAACUUCAUUUUCCUCUGCAGUCACUCUCAAAAACGGCAUCACAUCACUUCCAAUUGACAUUUUGAGAGGGACUGUAGAGGAGAAUUGAAGUGUCUGGGGUAGUAUAGGUUUCUGGAGUGCUUUUUAUGUGGCUUUUUUGCAUAUUUGGGAGGCUUUCUGCACAAUUUGGGGGCAAAAAUUGCCCGAAAACCAGACGUGUGUGUGUGUAUAUAUAUAUACUGUACAUAUAUAUAUUGCCCUGUGUAUGAAGGAUGUAUAGACUGAGGUGGGAUGGGAUGGAAGAGAAGAUUCAAGACGAAACAUGCCUUCUACAACCCUGGCUAGAAAAUGUUGAUCUUUCAAACCAGUGGCCAUUGUUUUAAGCACAACCCAGUUCCGUUCAAGCUCCAUUAUCUUAAGCAGUGCCAGAGUGCGUCUAUGCAGGGAUUGUGUUUCCGUCCAGUUUGUGACGCGUUUCAAUAUCCUGCCUGGACUACAUCCUAUGGAAAGUGUUCCUGUCGCUUUCUGUUGUGUCUUAAGUGAUCUGACGUAAUAGCCGCUGCUUCCAUAGAACUCUUGAGUAAAUUUUGUAAAAAGAAAAAAAAACCCUUCUUCUUCAAACUUGCGUUUGUUUUAAUGGCAUUUUUCAAGACGCUGGGAUUUGUUGCAUUUAAAUUGUGGCUAUGUUUUUAAUCUCCUCCUGCGCUUGUCUUCCUUCUUCCCACCCAACUGCCCACCUUGUGCAUCUUUGAAAUUAAUUGAACUGUUUCAUGAGUUUCCAAUCACUUUGGCAGUGUGACAAACCUGUACAGGACUUCCAGAACCUCUGAAAUCCAAAAUUUUAAAACAAAUAAACUUAUCUUGACUUUGUU